UUUGCCGAUUGUAGCACCUCUAUCACAUUUUUAUCGACUCACAAUUUAUCGAAUUGGUACUUAUUUAUUGACUUUGAACGUUAUUUGUACACUGGUUAAUUUAAUGUAGAAUGAGGUGCCGUUCAAGCACGUGUUGGUGAGUUGGUCGGCUGGUGGUCCGACGAACAGUGUACAAUAUACAGUGGCUUAUUACCUGACGACCUUGCACUGCAUACGUUAUACAAUUUCAACUCCAAACGCAGAUACUACGAAGAACAAAGAAAACUGAGGUAUUGCCGUAUUGGUGCAGUGUUGCCACGCUUAGCUACUACAGUUACAGUGCUGCCAGACGGAUUUUGUCCUAAGUUACUCAAAUAGUAAAAAGAAGGAGUGGGAUUGGCUGGUGUUCGACUACGUCGGUCGUCGUAGCGCCAAUGGUCGUAGCAGGUUCGCGCAGCCGUAGCACGGCGUCGUAGCGCGCGGGGAGUCCGCUACGCCUCGACACACGCGACGGAGGAGCUGCUACGCCUGGAAAUUAGAAAAAUGUGCUGGUAAUGGUGGCGAGCAGUUAAUGUGGGAAGACCAGCAGUCAUGGAGGGGCUACAAGCCGCGAAGCAAAAGGCUUCGAACCUCAUUGCCAAGAAACCCCUUCUGUUCAAAAACUCACAAUAUGAGAACUUCCACGUGGAACAAAAGGGAUACGAUCAGAUGUACGAUGGCGAAGAUCUGGAAACACCACCUUCUCCGAAUCGACCACCGCCUAGACCUAUAGACAAAUACGUGCGUGCGGAAUGUCCAUGUAUGAGCGCGCGAUACACGGUGGCACUGCUGGCCUGCUUCGGCUUCAGCAUCAUGUUCGGCAUGCGCUGCAACAUGAGCAUGGCCAAGCUCAAGAUGAUGGAGAAACACAAUACAUCAGGUGGAGUAGAGGAAGACACACCUUUUGAAUGGAGUGUGGAAGUAGAAUCGUCGAUAGAUUCAUCAUAUUUCUUUGGGUACCUAAUAACUCAGGUACCUGGUGGGUUUCUGGCGUCAAUGUAUCCAGCCAACAGAAUCUUUGGGGUUGCCAUUGCCAUAUCCUCUGUUUUAAAUAUGGCAAUCCCUGGCGCUAUGUCUAUUGGGCCAGCUGCUGUAGUUAUGCUGAAAAUAGCACAAGGAUUUGUUGAGGGCGUGACGUAUCCCUCCUGCCACGGCAUCUGGCGAAUGUGGGCUCCCCCGCUGGAGAGAUCACGGUUAGCCACUAUGGCGUUCUGCGGGACUUAUGCUGGCAUCGUAAUCGGCAUGCCACUGUCUGGUCUUCUCACGGAUUACAUCGCUUGGCAAGCGCCCUUCUAUUUCUACGGCGUCUCCGGUGUUAUUUGGUACAUGUUAUGGUUGUGGCUGGUGUUCGAGCGUCCAAGCAAGCACCCUCACAUCUCAGGCAAGGAGCUCACGUACAUCGAGCAGUCCCUGGGCACCGCCACGCAAGCCGCCAUGCCUGGUUUCUGGGCGACUCCGUGGAAGGCGUUUGCGACUUCACCACCCGUAUACGCCAUCAUUGUAGCCAAUUUCUGCAGAACAUGGAAUUUCUGUCUCCUCGUCAUUUUUCAAUCAGCGUACUUCAACACAAGAUUUAACAUGCAAAUCACUGAGUCUGGGUUCGUGGGUGCAAUACCGCAUCUGAUCAUGACGUCACUGGUACCCAUCGGCGGUUGGCUGGCCGACUAUUUGCGCAAGAACAACAUCAUGACGACGACAAACGUGAGGAAGCUCUUCAACUGCGGCGGCUUCGGCCUGGAAGCCUUCUUCUUUGUUCUCGUCGCUUACGCUAACAACAAGUACUCGGCAACGAUCGAGCUGACCUUAGGGGUAGCUUGCAGUGGCUUCGCUAUAUCCGGUUACAAUGUGAACCAUCUGGACAUUGCACCACGAUACGCCUCUAUUCUCAUGGGCCUAUCCAACGGCAUCGGCACCAUUGCUGGCUUUCUUGUGCCCAUCGUCAUAGACUACAUCACACAGGAUAUCAAGGAGAACCGCGAGAAGGCAAUAACAGAAUGGCGUGCAGUGUUCUUAAUGGGAGCUACAGUACAUUUUAUCGGCAUCACCAUAUACGGCAUAUUUGCGUCAGGGGAGUUGCAACCCUGGGCAGAACCAGCGCCGGCUUACGUGACGCCCGUCAAGUCUUUGGAUCAUGAAACGACUUUUACGGAGACAUCAGCAGUAAAGGGCAGUGGUCCACCCGCGUACGGUUCAAUUGCUCCCCCUAGGCCCCCGCCGCCCCCGCAGCAGCAACACGUGCCCAAUAACCCCUUCGUCUCAGGAGCCUUCUACCAAACCGAGCCUGUACAACCCCCGGCGCAGGCCUACCAAGAUCUCACCGACGAUGGCACAUACUAAACAAUAAUCAUUUCUUCCGAUGAGUUAAUGUGAAUAUAUCUAGUAAAAAUUGUUGCAGAUGUCUAUAAUAACCAUUAUUUACUUUGUGGAAAAUUCACAGAAAAUAUCUGUAACCUCCAAAUCAGCAGCUUUUAAUUUCACAUUAAAGGUAAUUAUUAAAUUAUAGAUAUUAGAAUUUCGAUAAAUAUUUUUUAAUCGUUUCGAGAAGUGGCAAGUUUUGUUUCCAACGCGAAAUACUAUCACGUCAUCUAACAUCAAUGUAGAUAGAAAAUAAUAUGUAAUUUUACCUAAGUACUUAUUGUUCCCAACAAUUUCAUAGUUUGUAUAGCAACGAUUUAAUAUUAAAUGUCGUAAUAAAAUUUGUAAUUUUGACCAGUAGAAAUAAUGAAAUACUUUAUAAACAAAAUGACACUCUAACAAAUAGAAGACCAUCGUAAACAAAUAGAAGAAAUAAUAUUGAAUAGGGCUCAUAAAAAGAUUUAACAAAAACAUAACAAAAUUAAAUGGUGUAUUUUUAUUUCUACUGGAACCAAUUUAAAAUUAUAUGUAACUAAUAAUGUUAUAAAAUUGGCGCUAUCUUACUCUUUAUAUGUUGAAUGUUAAUUUUGAUGUUUGUUAUAUUAUCUUGUAAAGGCAAGGCAUAUCAUUGACCUGAAGUGCUAAGAUUUCCGGUUUUUGUGAUGAAACACUUAUCACUAUGUAAAAACCGAAAUUACUUUAAAAUAAUUACAAUAUAUUACAUAUUUUUACUUUCCCUUUUUUUACAAAAUACAAUAUUAAUGUAUAUAAUAAGCAUUUUCUGUGAUUAAUUUCAGUUAAUUAUUAUUUUUAGUUUUGUGAGACGCCUACUUUCACAAAUAUGACGUAAAUUUUACAAUAUAAUAUUUUAAUAUGAAGUAAAUCACGUCAUAUACAUAUAUAGAUAUAUGGGCUGGUUAUAUAGCGAGAAAAACGGAAAAAAUCUCGUGGUGUAGACAACUGUAAGAGUGGACACUAUUGGGUAGAUAACGUCCAGCAGGAAGACCACAAAUGAAAGACUACAUCAAAAAGAUAACGGGCAAAAACUGGAUCUUAACUGCCCAGAAAAGAACUCUUUUCGGCAGGUACUAAAGGAGGCCUACACCAAAUCUUUGGUUGAGUAAAGCUAAAAAGCAGAAAGAAUAAGAAAAUCGCAUGUGUCAUUGAUAUUUGAUAUAUGUUGUAAUAAGUUUCCAGCCUUCCUUAUA